GUUGGAGAUGAGUUGAUGGAGCGUGUCGUUGAUGUCAAUCGUAUGCUGUACAUGCCGAUACCCUUGUUGGUAAAAAUCCAGAAGGUUUCAUAAUUUUUCCAAUCUUUACUCGACGAAGGCUUAGGGAAUCAGAAAAAAAUGGACGACUUCGAUGAUUUGUUCAACGUCGAUGCUCCUGAGGAAAACCUGCCUCUCCAAGGGGGAGAUGGAGAUGCUGACGACGCCGAUGCGAAUGCGAAGAGACGAAAACUUCUAGACGAUGAUCAUGAUUCUAGUGGUGGAGGUGAUGCCCAAGAGCAGGAUGUAGAUGUUUUUGGAAUUGGGAAAUCUACUACUACAUCAUUGGUAAACCCUCUAGAUUUAGAAGAUGCCCUCGGUAAUUUCGAUGGAGAUCGUCUCACGGCUCUGAGUGAAGAGGCAUUGAAGAGCUUUGAAAAACGACCUCAAGCAGGAGCUUCCUCAAGUGCUUCUUCGAGUGAUGCUGUAUUAUUUGGAGGAGCGACAUCGAGUUCAUCCACCUCCAAAUUGUUCCCGACAUCAACUACGUCUGUAGGUAAAAGAACGAUGAACACUGGUGCAGCAGCUCCAGCAGCAACUGGCUCGUCUUCAUCUUCUUCAUCUCUUUUGAGACCCAAUGCGCUUAGUAAUAUCAGCCAUGGUCGUGCUCCUCCUGCUGGAGAAAGAGAAAGGCUUUUGCCAGCAGAAGAUGAGGCAGAAGAAGUCGCAAGUCUUGAAGGUAGGAAGGCACCUUCGUCAACGCAUUCGCUAUUCAGCGGUUACGGUUCUCGAGCCGCAGUUGAGGCAUUGAGAGCGAAACGUGAAGCGAAUAAUAUUUCAUCCUCCAAGAGCAAGAAACAACAGGCUUCAUCUUCGUCACGCAGCAUCCCCGAGCAAAAGAUGACUGAAGGGCACCUGCGAGGCGUCAUGGCAAGUGUGAGAGAUCAUGCACUUUUGAAUGGUGCUUCUGGAGGUUCAUCUUCUUCUUCGGCAAACCAGAAAGCUCUCGUUGCCACAGGAGGAGUCGAGUCUGCGAUGCAUCUUUCGGCGCGAGCUGGGCGCCCACCCAAUGUUUUGCCGGUGAUCCACAACUGUGUCGCUUCCUUUCAUCUGAAGUGCAAAAUAGACCUACAGGAAGCAACUUUCAAAGCUCGAAAUAUCGAGUACAAUCCUAAGAAAGCGCCAAGUUUGAUCGUACGUCAGCGAGAUCCACGCGCAACCGCGCUAGUCUACGAAACUGGUCGUGUCAUGAUCACUGGAGCCGCGAAUCCAGAGGACGCUAAGCUAGCUGGCAAAAAAACCGCGAAACUGUUUCAGGCCAUCGGAUACAAGGAAGCGAAAUUUGUCAAUUACCAGUUGGAAAAUUUAGUCGCGAUCGCUGAUUUGGGGUUUCCAAUCAGAUUGGAAGGAGUGGCGUUCGACUACCGAGAUCAAGCCUGCUACGAACCAGAACUUUUCGCAGGUCUAGUCUGGAAACAGUGGGAUCCUCAAAUUUCGUGUUUGAUUUUCGUUUCGGGGAAAAUGGUUAUGACAGGCGGAAAAUCCACCGAUGACAUGUACACAGUACUCGACGAAUUGUACCCCAAACUAUUCAAUUAUCAGAAGUAAUCCUUAAUAAAUCCUAUAAUAUCCUCGUUUGAUAUGAUGAACAUCAUGCUGCAAAAGUUCCACUACUACCCGACAACCAUUUUUACAGUACGCACAAGUACAAACUGAAAUCUGCCACUUUGGAAGAUCAAAUCAAUCUGCCACUGGGG